AAGCUAAGGGCAACACCGUGGAUGGCACGCAUGCAGGGCGGUUAUAGUGUACUGUUUCUCUCAAAAGGAGGUCCUUCUACAUUUGCGCUGCAACAAAAUUCAGCACUGUACGCCGACACGUUUUAUGACAGUGUUGGUAUUACAAAGAGGUAAUGGUCAGGCAGCCUUACAGUUUGAUUCAGUUACAAAGGUGUAGAUAGAAAAGGUGAAGAAGCACGGAAGGCAGACAAGGGACAGGAUCGCUCCAGGGUUUCCUGUUUAAACCUCUGGAGGAAAAGGGUAACAAAAAGGCAAAAGACGAAGGUUUUUAAAGAGGGAAACUGAGUUAGGGCAGUGGUUUCACUGUUCACUGAGAAGGACAAGUGCAUCAUGCAGCCAUCAACAGAACUGCCAGCACAAAGCUGUGAACCAUUGAAUCCUGGGCAGGCAGUUCCUCGACCAGGUCGUCGCAAAAGACCCAUGACAAACCCAAAGCCUCAAAAAGUAAAGGUGUCGAAGAGGAGGAAAAUAUUAUUGGGUAUUCUGAUAUUUGUUGUGAUUGUGGGCAUCGUGGUCACUGUAGCUUACUUUGCUAAAAAGCUGAUUGAAAGCAAAUACUACUUCUGCACAAGUUCAGUAAAGUUCAUCCCACUCGAGAAAACCUGUGAUGGGAAAAAAGACUGCUCUGGAGGAGAAGAUGAACUUGCUUGUUUAUCAUCAUUUAUAGUAAACGCCACAUUUCCAGUCCGCCUCAUUUCUGCUGAGCGUGUCCUCCAAGUGUACAAUCCUGACUCUGGUUGGAAAACAGUGUGUAGCGACAAAUGGAGUGCACAACACACUCAGACAGCUUGUACACAACUGGGAUACACAAGUUCCCCUAGUAGCAGCAAUGUCCCAGUUAGUGCUUUACCAUCUCCUCUAAAAACGGGACCGUUUGCGACAGUCAGGACCGGGAGUGAAAACACACCAGUACAUCAGGCUACUAUUGACCGCAACGUGUGCAGUACUGGACUUGUGGUCUCAUUGACGUGCUCAGACUGUGGAAAGGUGGGCAGACAGGACCGUAUUGUUGGGGGUGUAGAUGGCUUUAUAGAGGACUGGCCCUGGCAAGUCAGCCUGCAGCAAAAUGACCAGCACAGAUGUGGAGGCUCACUGGUAUCACCACGCUGGAUUGUCUCUGCUGCCCACUGCUUUGCUGGUAAUAUAAGGGAGCUGAGUCGGUGGAAAGUGAUGUCAGGACAGACACACAUGGGCACAUCAGGAGGCUCCUCUGUUGACAGGAUUAUACUCCAUGGACAAUACAAUGAAGACAAAAACGACUACGACUUGGCAAUGAUUAGGCUCAGUAGCCCGAUCUCAGUGGGAGUCUAUCGCAAGCCGGUGUGUCUCCCUCCUAAAGACCUUAGCCUUCCUGAUAAAGCCCCAGUAGUUGUUACAGGCUGGGGAUUGCUGAGAGAAGAUGGUAAAGCUGCAUCUACACUGCAAAAGGCUAAUAUUGAGAUUAUUGCUCAAAGUACAUGUACCAGCCCUGCAAUCUAUGGUAACUACAUAACCCCAAGAAUGACCUGUGCUGGCAACUUGAAGGGAAACGUAGAUGCCUGCCAGGGCGAUAGCGGGGGCCCUUUGGUGUAUUCUUCCUCUUUUUGUUGGAAUCUGGUGGGAGUGGUGAGCUGGGGUGUCGGCUGUGCGCAGCCAAACAGACCUGGUGUCUACAGCAACGUGGAUGAAAUGCUCAACUGGAUCUAUACAGUCAUUGAGAAAAACCAAUGAUGUUCCACUGAGCAGAGCCACUAGAUGACUUCAGGCCCUUUUUACCUGAGACUGUGAAACUCAAACUUCUUCUUUUAGUGCUGCUGUAUGGAAAUAAGGGGAGGACUUGGAGUAAAAUGGAGAAUUAAAUCUCCACAUCUACAGUGAAACGGACUAUUAACCAGCCAUAUGUAUUACCUCAGGCCUCCGGCCACACGGCUGGUUAACAGUCAAGAAUUUCACCUAUUUUUAUCUCAGGGGACAUGUUUUGUUGCCAAUUUGAAGUCAAUGAAUUUUUAAUAAAUAUUUUAACUUUUUCUUUAAAAUAUUACGGAUAAUGGUAACAGUUUAGCCACUGGGAGCAGAUUCACUCAUUUUUCUACAUUUAUGCGGUUAUGGUGCACUGAAGAGUCAGUAGGGCAAUCUUUUUUUUUUUUUAAGAACACAAGGUCUAUACAGAACGACUUCCAUGAGCACUUCAAAUGGCAAUUUAGCAGUUUUACUUUACUGUGCAUGAACACAAUAGAUAGAUGGAUGGAUAGAUAUAAAAUCUCCCAUUCCUGAAACCAUAACAGGCCUAUAGAAAUUAACCAUUUUUGUGGCUGACUGUGUUUAUUUGAUGUUAACAUAUACCUGUAAAUAGUCUGUAUAUAUGAUAAACAUAUUCUCUAA